AUGUUCACACCCACCGCUGUCCCCCUUGCCUUCCUCCUCCUUACCCCUCACCAACCUGCUGUUCUCCAGGCAGACUCAUGUCUCUCCAGCUCCUACUACGGGCAGUAUGGCACCCAGAGCCUCUUUAUUGUCAAUGACACCUGCCUCGGCUCGUCCACCGACGACGGUCUCCUCUCUUCUGGUUCUGUUGUACCAUUGGUAAAUUUUGGCGACCAGCAGCUCGUCUGGAUAGAGCGCCAGUCUGUCGACGAUGGCAUCGCUCUCUUCGCCACGGAAGAUAUCACGCUGUUCCUCGACCAGUUAGAUGUCUCCCGACCUGACCUGGCCACUGGUUCACGCGAGCAGCAGAUCCUCGAUACGCCUUCGCGCUCUCAGAUCCUUUAUUCUUCCCCCUCCCACUUCCUCCUCUCCGUGUCGCCCUCGCUCGCUCUCAUCAUCGACACCCACCUCCCUCGCUUCUGGAAAGCUGCCCCGCUCCCCGUGUCGCCCGUGCCUUAUGUGGCUGUAUCCUCCGCCGCGCUCGAGCGCGUCCGCAAACUCCUCGCAUCAGUCAAAUUCGAUCCUGUGAUCGCGUCCCUCAUUGGAGACAUAUCCAUCCCACAGUUGCGCAAAGACGUGCGCUAUCUCACCGGGGAGGACCCCUUGUCGCCGCUUGAGUCGCGGCACUCGUUCUCCGAGGGUGCACGUCAAGCCGCCGUGUGGCUGAAGGCCCAAUUCGAGGAGACCGGCGCAAGCUGCGAGCUCAAGCCCUACCUGGUCGGCUUCUCGCCCAAUGUAAUAUGGUACGAGUUUCUACCACCGAGUUGGCGGUUUGCCUGA